UAUUUUCAACAACAACAAUUAAAAUAAAAAUGCAGUUGCAAACCCAAUCGCUGUGGCCGUGUAAAUUUGUAGGCAACAACAACACCACCAGAAUCAGAACAACACUUCCAAACAACAAGAGAAGAACUUCGAAGUCACUGCGAGUCAGAGCAAUGCGAGCGGUGGUUCAGCGUGUGGCCUCCGCAUCGGUCGAAGUCGAAGGCCGCAUCGUAUCGGAAAUCGGUCCCGGCCUUCUCGUUCUCGUCGGGAUUCAUGACUCCGACUCUGAUGCCGACGCCGAUUACAUAUGUCGAAAGGUGUUGAACAUGAGGUUAUUUACAAAUGAAGAUAGUGGCAAAGCAUGGGACCAUAGUGUCAUGCAGAAAAAUUAUCAAGUUUUACUUGUGAGUCAGUUUACGUUGUAUGGAAUCUUGAAGGGUAACAAGCCAGACUUCCACGUGGCAAUGGCACCUCAAAGAGCCAAGCCCUUCUAUGCCUCGGUAGUCGACAGGUUUAGGAAUGCUUAUAACUCUGAUGCAAUCAAGGAUGGUGUAUUUGGAGCUAAGAUGAAGGUAAGUUUGGUUAAUGAUGGACCGGUUACCAUGCAGCUUGAUUCACAGUCAUCCAAAAAUACAGUUGCUGAAGCUGAAUCUUGAUUGGAGGUUGAUCUGACUUGAUGAGCAUGAAUUUGAAUUCUGACCAUUUUGUCAACAAGACCACAUGUAAGACAUUAUUUUUAGUGUAUUCUACUUGAAGCUUUUUCUUACUGAUGUAGUAAACUUAUCAUUUCAUAAGCUCAAAGAAUGAUUAUGUUUGUC